AUGGCACCAUCUCCUGAGCGGACUGAGGGGAUCCCAUCCCUCACUGGGCCAGCGGCUGGUCCCAUUGAUGCACAGGGGGAUUCCGUGCACACACAGCCUGGGGAGAAGAUCGAGGAGAACAACAUCAACGAACAAGCUGACGACCAAAACCAUGAUCAUGGUGAAGACCAAGCCACCGGAGCCCCCCCGGAUACAGCUACCACCGCUUCUCCCUUAUUUCUCGAGAUUCGAGCUUUGCAAGAGAGGCUUAGUCAGUUGCAACAGCAGGCAAUACACGAGCAAAAUGUCAACGGCCAGCACUUUGCGGAUGAUGAACGAACGGAGGCCCCAGAUGCCUCGGAAGAGAAACGACUUCGAAAGCAGAUACGGAGGGCUCGUUCGGCGAAGAAGUGGGUAAAAGACACGGAAGCACACGCUGAAACAACUGCAGAUUCUCGAACCAAAUAUGCCUACACCGGACCCUUCAUGCACUCCUUUUCAACUGAAUACGGCGUAGAGGAUCAGGGCAAAUGCGCCAUUUUCGAUUUUGCGACUAUGGACGAAUAUUUCGCAUGGACGCUGUCGGACUUCAAUAAGUAUCGAAGAGAUGAUACGAUGCAGAAGCCACAUCGUGCUAUUCGCCCGCUAGCUUCACUUCGACCAAUAUAUUCUCGCAAACUUGGGCCUCCUAACCAGUGGGAUACAUCUGACAGCGAAGAGUGGAGUGAUGGCUCAACCCGCUCUAGGGACUUCGACUACUUUCGUGCCAGGCUGCGCGGCGACUUCGAGUGGGAGCUCGACCGGCUUAACGCCCAGAGAUCGAGAUAUCUGAAACACAAGGAGAAAAAGGCAGCCCAGUACAAACAAGAACAAAUGAGAGAGGACGCCAAAAAGAUACAGGAAGCGAUGGCACAACGUAAAAUUCCUAGCGAUGAUGGUACUUUGGCGUCAACUAUACCACCCCAGGGGAAGAUGUUGGUAACGCUGAAUCGAGUUGACUGGGAAGCGUUCAGAGCUCACCGUUUCUUCCAAGAAUCGCCUUUUGCCAUCGAUAUUCUCACCGAGGAGCCAAAGAUUUCAGCUAAUCCCUGGAGAAUUUCAAAGAGUAGCAUCUUAGCCUCCAAGGUACAGGAUGUAUCUGCGAUCAAUCCGGAAGGGGGCCAAGGACCUCUACCGGAACGGAUCAGAAUUCAUUCCAAGGAGCUCAUCAUGAUUCUUUCUCGCAUUCAUGGAUCCAAAUUGAUCACUGACCAAGAGGAGCAAAGUGAAAACACCUCGCUUGUCUUGCUUCGGCCAUUCAAAAUGCUGAGAUAUUAUGAUAAGGAAAUACGAGAGUGGCAUUUGAAGCUGCUACGUGAUCACGAAGCAGCGCAACUCGACACCGAGGGUCUACCUACGACAACAGGGCCUCCCGAUCCUGAUGAGGCCGUAAAGGCUGUUGAGGGGCAACAGUCGUCAGACCCACAAUCGAUGGGGAAAGAUAAGUCGGGGGUGGAAGACCCGGACGGCUACAGCACGUCCAGCACGGCUCUCGAGCAUCUAGCUUGCUUGCUGGAAUUCAUGGACAAGUAUCUCUACUCGAAGCACGCCUACUUGAACAGUGUCGGAUGUGACAGAAUCUCCUUCUCGGACAUUUGGCAUCUGUUCAAACCUGGAGACAUCGUCGUCUCCAACGACGGCAAGCAGGCCUACCUCGUCGCCAACAUUUUCACGCCUCCGCACAAGGGGGCUGAUCGUUGGUCUUUCUAUACCAGAGAAAAGGACGACGAGGAGUCUCGUGGCAAAUCAGACAUCUCCGUUUCCUGUGUCUACAUUCACUACGAUGGGAGGCAGCUCGGCCCGGUCCUGGAGAAAUUCACGAUCAGAAGAUUUGAUGGCGAGAGACCCUUAAACACCCUCGAAAUCCUCCCUCUCCGCCUCUAUGUUGCAAGAAAUUUAAGGGGGCCCACCCAGAUGGCCAAGUUUGAAGCGAGCGGGGAGAACGAGGCUCAGGUGGAGACUGGCGUUGCUCGGUUGCGAGAAAGCCUCAUUGAGCGUGGCAGGAAGUUUGUCGAGGUGGCUGGAGUGAAGCACAUGUAUUACGCAGGCCUGACUGUCGACACCAGAGACGAGAUCGAGAGCCAGGUGGUCAUCGAUUUCGAGGAGGCCUUGGGAUCCGAAAAAAACAGGGAGAAGUGGUUGCCAGAAAUUACGCCACUCGUAGGUCUAGCAGCUGAUCUCACAGAAAACCAGGAUUCCAGCAGCUGCACGGCCGAGUGUUGCUGGCAAGAAAACGUCCACAACGAUUCCUACGUUGAAAACCAUCGCUGUAAGAAAUUCAUCAGUGAUAUGAUGGACGAGAUCGAAGACAAUCCACGGAAACUACCUUCCGUGGCCAUCUAUCCCCGGCCUUUGGAAGAUACCAAGACGGAUGAAAAUAAGCUCAAGGAUGAAGAGCUACUUAUCAUGUCGUAUCGAGUCUUCGGAUUUGCCCUGCGGGACCGCACAUGGGCACAGCUGGACCUAUCGAACCUUACCCCUGUCAACACUUCUGCUGUCAAAGACGAUAUGAAUGAAGACGAUGACCCGGAUGAUGACGAAUCGGACAAGACUGCCUUCGGACGCCUUGUACUGCCCCGGGGCCACAAGAAGAUGGUUCUUUCGCUGAUCGCCCAACACUUCCGAAACAAGGAGUCACAGCAGGACAAAGAUGAGCAGGCCGACAUUGUGCGUGGAAAAGGAAAGGGCUUAAUCAUCCUUCUCCACGGUGCCCCAGGAGUGGGAAAGACAACAACUGCUGAGGGGGUUGCUGAGAGAUUCAGGAAGCCACUUUUCCAAAUCACCUGUGGUGACCUUGGUUCGAAUGCCGAACAGGUAGAAACUGCGUUACAAACGAAUUUCGCCCUUGCCAACCGAUGGGGUUGCAUCCUUCUUCUCGAUGAAGCGGAUGUCUUCCUCGCUGAGAGACGGCACCAGGACUUCACUCGAAAUGGACUUGUCGCAGUCUUUCUCCGAGUGUUGGAAUAUUACGCUGGGAUACUCUUCUUGACAACGAAUCGAAUUGGCGACUUCGACGAGGCUUUUGUCUCCCGAAUUCACAUGAGCCUCCACUACCCACCCCUGAACAGCGUAUCUACCAUCAAGGUGGUCAAAUUAAACCUGGACCUAAUUAAAGAAAGGUACGAAAAGAGAGACAAAAAGAUCAAGAUCGAAGAGUUCGAAAUUCUCGAAAAAGUCGGCGAGUACUUCCGUACCUACGAAGACGCCAGAUGGAACGGACGCCAGAUCCGUAAUGCAUGCCAGACGGCACUUGCCCUUGCCGAAUUUGACGCCCAGCCUUCGAAUAAGAAGUACGACCUGAAGGCACAAUACGGUACCAAGGUCGUUCUCAGAGCGUCGCACCUGGAUGUCGUCUCCAAAGCAUACCUCGAGUUCAUGCGGUACCUCAAGGAGGUUCACGGUGCUGAUGCAGACACCCGCGCUAAGGAGUCGGGACUUCGGGCCCUUGAGUCCGUCAUUGCAGCUAUCAAUAUGGGCAAGGGCAGGGGAGCCAAGUCCUCGGAAAGAGAUGGCGACAACGAGAGCCGCCAUCUGGACAAUUUCCGGCUCCAGAGACGUCCGCAGACCCAGACCCUGGGGUCCCCGUCCUCACAACCGGACGAGAGUUAA